AUGUCCACUAUGGAUUUACAAGAGUUCCUAGCGUCGGAAGCCACUCACGACCGAGAUGAUCUAGUCGACCUGCGCGCCCUUGAUUUCGUAUCCAGCUACGAUUCGCACCUGAUGUGCCCAAUUUGCCACUGUCCCUUCGUUGAACCAGUGCGCUUACAGUGCGACCACGUUUUCUGUUACAAAUGUCUACAAUCCGCCAUCACCAUCUUCCGCUCGGCCGAUACGGACGAGUUCCCGUGUCCCUCUUGCCGAACCCCCACUAGCCGAGUAUCGACAAGUGUGCCCCGCUUGCUGAUCAACAUGUGCGACGAGAUCCAGGUACAAUGUCCGUUACAAGCGGAGGGUUGUGCGGAAGUAUUGCCGCGAGGCCAUGUCCAGUCGCACGUGGAUAAGUACUGUGGGUACCGGCUAGUGCCGUGCCCGGACGAUUCGUGCGAGAAGACCAUCCGGAAGAAGGAUCUCCAGAGCGAGGAGAGAUGUUUGCAUGGCUAUUUCCGCUGCUCUCGGUGUGAAGAAGAUGUGAUGGAGAAAGACUACGAGGAGCAUGAUGAAGAGCUCUGUCCGAGUCUGGAGACUUCUUGCGUUGAUUGCGGAACUACACUUCCGCAACGAGAGUUGAAGAAACACGUUGAUACCUGCCCUGACGUUGUAAGCCCUUGCUCAGCGUCAAAAUACGGUUGUCCGGUCAAGAUCCGACGAGCGGAUAGUGCGAUACACGAGCAAAUCUGUCCACUGGUCUCAAUGGGGCCCUACUUUGAGGCCCAAAAUACCCGAUUGAAUUCACUCGAAUUGACUAUGCGUCACUUACAACAACGAAAUGAGAUCUUCGAGGACGGAAUGGCCAAUAUCCGAACCACUCUUCUUGAGUCCGCCCGCGCAGGCCGUGGCAGCAAUCGCAGAAGAAGCCUCACAGAAGACGACAUGAACCCGACCCGAUCAGAAGACGACGAGUCAGCCGAACGUUCCUCAAACGUCUUCUCCUCCAACGCAACAACCUACCUCCUCUCCCUCCACGAAUCCCUCCGCGAGGAAGUAAACCAAGUGUCACAUGCACUCACAGACCUCGACGCCCGCGCAAGCAUGACCAUCAUGAACGAAUGCCUUCGCAUCAAAGAAGACAUGGCGCACACCAACGCCGCCGUCAACAGCGUGCGCCUGCAGGUCCAAUGGCUCAUGAAUCCACGUCUUCACAACGGGGCCCGGACGGGUGGUAUUCGCUCCAACACGGCCACACCUGGAAACGAGACUGCUCGCUCGCAACUUACUUCAACGUCUGCGCCCGGGUCGAGUAGUGCGGCUGGGUCUUCGCUUGGACCACUCAGGCCUAGGAGGCCUAGUGAUUCUGGGCGUGAAGGGACGAAAUUGUGA